AUGAAUACGACACUAGAUGUCUCCCGGACCCAACUGCUGGUGGCCGCGGUCCUGCUGGUGCUGGCCGCCCCUGCGCCGCUUCGGGGGGUCGCCGCUCAGCCCGGGCCCCCAGGCGGCGCGCCGCCGGGCCGCUCUAUUGUGGACGAGGUGCCCGCCGAUGAGAACGGUCAUCGGAAGCUGUGGAUGAACUGGCUGUGCACGCGGGACAACCCGCUGUCCGACGCCGGCUGCAGGAAUCUGACCCUCGGGCAGCUCGAGGCAUGGGAGGGCGGCCUGCCCAAGGGCAUCGACCUCGUCACCCGUGACGCCGGCCCCGGCGCCAGCGACGCCUCUCAGCGCGACAACGGCCAGCCCUUCUCAGACGGCGGGCCGCGCCUGCUGGCGCAGCAGGGCGCCGGCCGCGCCCCCAGCGGCCCGAGGCGCGGGCUGCUGGCGGUCACCAACUGGAACUUUCCGGCUGACAUCACGACAUGCGUACAGGGGCGCCAGGGGCGCAAUUGCUUGUCUCCUAAAACUUCUGCCUAG